UUGAUCGAGAUGCUGAUUAAAUCACAGUAGGGCCUGUUAUCUGCAGUAAAAUAUACCUGCAUGUAUCAGGAUGGUGAAUGUCAUCUUAAAUUGCCUCCAUUUCUAAUGUAUGCAAAUGGAUGUUAUGCCCUCAUAUCCUUGGAAAAGGCACACAAUCAUCUUAAGAAUCAUAUAAUCUUAUACAAUACAUAAAGCAUUUUAUAUUGAAUAUUCCUAAUAAUUAAGGAGUGGUGUCACCUACAUACUAAACAAAUGGCCACCAGGUGGCAGUGGCAUUGCACCCCUCACAGAGCCGUAUAUGGCUCUGACCCCUCAUUGUGAAACCUCAGCAAAGCAGAGCUGUGUGAUGGAAAAUACUGUCAUCUCGAUUUACAUCCACGUUUACCUCAAGAGUGUAGCUAACACAUAGGUGAGGAAUAUGAUCAUCUUAAUCAUAAUGACAUCAAUGAAUGCAUUAAAGCUAAUGAAAGGGGUCAUGCAACUUCUAAUGUGGCAAAUGACAAGCAAGCUAUAUGCCUAUUCAAGUCAGUCCUACGUAGCAAAGCUUUUAUUGCAUUGCAUUGCAAAGGGCACUAACAGGUGUGGUAAAACACACAAGGUCUGCCUACUAUAAUCAUUAACUGAGAGCGGAGACGAUGAAGGCCAUUGUACAUUUCGUUGAGUAGUGUUGUUGCUGCUGCAGAGUAACUUAAGGGAAAUUCUAUUAUUAUUUUUGAAUUGUUUUAUUAAUUGAAUGUUAAAUUUAGAUUAUGGAGAAACAUUUCUGUUGUAGGCCAUUGUAAAUUGCCUCAAAUUUGCCUGAGCUAUUCUCAAUAAUUGGUUACUUUCUGUGGAUGGUCCUACAGUAAUGUGCUACACCUAGGCUACUGUUUAUGGUUCAAUGAAGCAUUUUUUCAUCCACCAUACAGCAAUAAACACAAGUUACAAAACAGCAUAAAGGUUGUUUCAUAACGUGAGUGCAGGUACAAAUUCAUCAUUCCCAUGAACGCCUCCCAUUCACUCAACUGUGUGGGCUGUAUUUGUGUAAGAUGAAAAAACACAGGAGUGGUUCUUUCUCUCUCUCUCUCUCUCUCUCUCUCUCUCUCUCUCUCUCUCUCUCUCUCUCUCUCUCUCUCUCUCUUAUUUCUUUCUUUAUUUAUUUAUUUAUAUUCCACAUAAAAAGGAAAUCCACCAAAGAAGAGUCAAAGCAAAAUAAAGUCAUGGGCUUUUCAGAAGGGUCUUACUCGCCAAUCCCAUACUUGACUAAACCCACGCUGGUGUGGUGACAUUUUAUGUGAAGCUGAACCAAAUGCAAAAAAAGUAAUAAUAAAAUUGGACCUCUGGCCAAGGUUAAAAAUGAAAUGCAAGUGUAAUGCAAAGGUCAUGGAUGCAAAUAGUGUCCCCUUUUCUUGGAAUCAGAUUAUGUUGUAAAAUAAAGAAAAAGGAAAGCAACAGUGCCCUGAUUAAGAGAGACAGCAUUUGGGCAUAAAGUAUACCCCCGCAGCCCCCGUGAGGUAGGGGGGGCCACACGAGGCGGGGGCCCACAUGGGCCCUUGACUUGAAGAAACAGGCCCCCUCCACAUGAUAUUAGGCCCGAUUUUUUAGUUCAGGGGCCCAUUCUUGGUAGCUUGCAGGGGGGCCUGAAGUACUUGCGUUACGCCAGUGUGGGGAACUACCUCUCAGCAUGCACAGCUGACCAGUGUUUUUGGUAAACACCUGAGCUUCCUUCAAUUCUUCCUUCCAUUCUUGCUUGGGAGACUUCCGUCCAUUCUUCUUGGUAAAAGGGUGGGUUUAUGUCAGGGGACCAAGAAAAAUACAGUGUGCACCUCUCCUCUUUCAUCUUCUGAAUUAAGUACAGCUUGAGCUUGGCUUUUGUGACAGAGAAGCCUAGGCCUAACAUUCUUUCAACUGUGUGUUUUGCCAUAGAGAAUACUACUGGAGCAAAGCAUGGAACAGUGUGUGUUUAACGGUGAAACCUUUGUUACACUAUUUCCACAAACUCCUUUGCUCAAUGCAUGUAAACACUAAUAUAAAAAAAAUUAUCAUCCCAGAGACACACUUCCAAAAUGCACCUGGGUUGUGUAUGGCAAUAAACAAACAUGUCCCAUGUCUCUUCCCUGCCAUUUGCAGGCUUUGAUGAUGUUCUGACUUGGUCCUUUAUUUUUCAAACAUCAGUUAUUCCAGCUAUUUAUAAUUUUUUUCAUCAUUCUAAUUAUGUGUGCUGCUGAAUGUUGGAUAGAAAGAACUUCGAUGUGGGGCUAUAUGCUGCAGUACGGCCAAUUGCAUCACAAAGUAAUCAGAUCCAAGACAGAAAAGAUAUAGGGCAAGCACAUGUUCAUCCUAAUAUGCUGAAUUAAUUAUACAUAUUUAAAAUAAAAUAGUGUAUGAUGUUCAAUCAUGAACAAAAAAGUUUUAGGAUUGGCAUAGGCCUACAGCCUAUUCAUCACAUUGUUAACAGGUGCCCACAUGAUGCAAACAGUGCAAUUGGAGUGUUUUUUGUUUUGUUUUGUGUGAUAUGAAUGAAACAUUUCAGUAACCUACAUGAAGUCAUACAAAUAGCCUAGUUACCACUGACAUGUGUCUGUCUGUAGCCUACUCCGUUUUAAAGCAAUUAAAAAGGCUAGCCCUGAACUCUCGGUCGGUCUCUCUGGGGAGAAAACAAUAGCAUUGCCAUCAGUGUCAAUCAUAUGACUCUAUCUUGCAUAAACCACCAGUGGGCAGAAGUUCAGUCGCCCAAGUUCUUACGGCCUGUCUGAUCACCGAACGUGCUCUGUCCACCUCCUCCCAUUUCCACAUUCAAUAGCCUGGACUCUAUAUAAGCUGCGACUGCAAUGACUCUGAAUGAUUCCAUGUAACGAUUCCGACAAGCGGAUUCCGCCGGCCAAUUUAAAACUUACAUUUUCUCUGAGGAAGACGGGUGUAGGGGAUGGCGGAGCUGAAAAGUCAUGUCAGCUUGCAGAUGGCUGAGGACAUGGGAACCAAUGGUCGCGCAGGGCCCAAAGUGAACACCAUGGGAAGCGGCAGGCCUCAGCGCGGCUCUGUUGUCAGCUUCCACAACAUCCAGUACAAAGUGAAAGUGAAGAGCGGCCUCCUCUGCAAAAGAAAGGUUACAGACAAAAACAUUCUUGUAGAUCUCAGUGGGAUCAUGCGACCUGGUUUAAAUGCUAUUUUGGGACCAACUGGAGGCGGGAAGUCCUCGUUCUUGGAUGUACUGGCUGGCAGGAAGGAUCCCGGAGGCCUCUCUGGAGAGGUGCUAAUUGAUGGAGCUCCUCAGCCCCCCAAUUUCAAAUGCCUGUCUGGCUAUGUGGUCCAGGAUGAUGUGGUGAUGGGGACACUGACUGUGAGGGAGAAUCUACGUUUCUCUGCGGCGUUGCGUCUGCCAACGUCAGUGAGUCAAAAGGAGAAGGAGGUGCGCGUCAACAACCUUAUCGAAGAGCUGGGGCUUGGCAAAGUGGCCGACUCAAAGGUGGGCACCCAGCUGAUCCGAGGCAUCUCCGGGGGAGAGCGCAAGAGGACCAACAUCGGCAUGGAGCUCAUCAUCGACCCGGCUGUUCUCUUCCUGGAUGAGCCCACCACCGGCCUCGACGCCAGCACUGCCAACUCAGUCCUGGUGCUGCUGAAAAAGAUGGCUAGCCAUGGGCGCACAAUCAUAAUGUCCAUCCACCAGCCGCGGUACUCCAUCUACCGCCUGUUUGACUCGCUCACCCUGCUCGUCAGUGGCAAGCAAGUGUACCAUGGACCAGCCCAGGAAGCACUGGAAUACUUCUCCAAUAUAGGUUACACGUGUGAAGCCCACAACAACCCGGCAGACUUCUUCCUAGAUGUCAUCAAUGGAGACUCCACAGCAUCUACUCUCAACAAGAUGGACAAGAAUGGAGAUAUUAGCUUUGAGGAGAGGAACAGCAACCUUCAGAGUAUUGAGGACCAUUUGGUCAAAGAGUACUGUAACAGCAGCUCUGCUCGGGAGACCAAGGCAGAGGUGGACCGCAUCAUCCAAGGCAAACAGCUACACACUGGACACAAGUCUCGCACCGUCACCUACACCACCUCGUUCCUGCACCAGUUUAAGUGGGUACUCAAGAGAACAUUCCGGAACCUAUUUUUGAACCCACAGACCUCUGUGGCACAGCUUGGCGUCACCAUCUUCCUGGCUCUGAUUGUAGGAGCUAUUUUCUUUGGUGUGAAAGACGACCAGGCUGGUAUCCAGAACAGAUUCGGCGCGUUGUUCUUCAUCGUCACUAACCAGUGUUUCAGUUCUCUGUCAGCCGCUGAGCUCUUCAUCACAGAGAGAAAGCUCUUCGUCCACGAGUACACCAGUGGCUACUACAGGAUCUCUGUUUACUUCCUGUCCAAGAUCUUGUCUGAUAUCAUCACUCUGCGCACAUUCCCAGCGAUUGCAUUCACAUGUGUGUCGUAUUUCAUGAUAGGGUUCAAGCCCGCUGUUGGAGCCUUCUUUGUCUUCAUGCUGACGGUGACCCUUGUGUCCUACACCGCCUCAGCGAUGACCAUGGCCAUCUCAGCUGAUCAGACCAUCGUGGCGGUCGCCAAUAUCUUCAUGACCAUCAGCUUUGUCUUCAUGAUGAUUUUCUCUGGCCUGCUGGUAAAUCUGACGACAAUCAUGGACUGGCUGAAUUGGUUGAAGUACUUCAGUAUCCCUCGCUAUGGCUUAACUGCUUUUCAGAUAAAUGAGUUUGUUGGCCUCAAAUUCUGCGAGGGGAUGCCUCCCCUUGUCAAUAUCACUGGUGGUUACCAACCAAUUUGCACAGGGGAGGCUCACCUGGAGCAGCAGGGUAUUGACUACUCCACAUGGGGCCUGUGGCAGAACCAUAUGGCACUAGGGCUCAUGACUCUCAUCUUCCUCACCAUCGCAUACCUGAAGCUGCGCUUCAUGAAGAAGUUCACAUGAUCAUCAUGCUGCAGAGUUAGUGGGUACCUUCCAAUAUGCAGACUCCUGUCCUCCCUUGCUCACUUGCCUCCUUGCGGCCUAGUGAUGACGUCAGGACAACAGAAUUGUAUUUCAAUAUCUCGUAAAAGCUCAAUUCUUCUUUUCUCAGUUUAAAACGGGAUGGUGAAUGAAUGAAUAGUCCCCCAAAAGUUGUUGUGGCUAGGCGGACAGCAGGGAAACUUGAUUGUUUUCUCCAAGGAGGCAGGGCGUCAGUGAAACACAAGGCCACAAGCACAGACUGAGGACGGGAGUUUGCAUAUUGGAAUCCAGUCCACCCAGUGUCUUGAGGUAAAUCAAAUUGGACCAGCCACAGGAAACACCAUGGGGUGGGGUUCAGUUCGUUUGCUGUACAACUUAUGUCCGUAUACCAUUAAUUGUUAAAGAUGUAUAUUUUCACAAUGAUAUUUCACUUUGAUAUUGCUUUUCUAGUGUAUAUUCUAUUUAUCUUCUGAAAAUUAUGUUCCUUUUAUAGUUCUAACCCAAAUAUUUAAAAUCAUUUGCAAAACUGAUUGAAAUCAUAUACUGUAUGUAUGUGUAGCUUUUUUAAAAAAAAAAGACAAACAUUUAUGUCAAAAUCUUUUUCUGUUCCUUUUUUACAUUUGUUUUUGAAACGGUUGUGUUAUUGCAAUGGUGUUGUUUAAAAAAGGCAUUUUGUAUUCUGGAUUUUCAAGAAGCUUGUUUGAAGUAAACUAAUUAUGCUCCAAAAAUAACCAGCGCUGUCUUUUUUUAUGAACUUUCAAGAAAGACUUAAAACGUUGAAUAGGUCAUGCAUCCAUAGAUAAAAGAAAUAUCCUUAGUCUGUCAUAACUGUGACUGGGCCCAUUACAUGUUGUC